GAGGUUUCUGAACUCCAGAUGGACACGAAGGGGUGGAGGGGUCCUGGUGUGUUUUCCAGAUGGCCUUUGGAGAAUCAGUUGUGUCGGUGCGUCCGGUGAUCGCGUGGAACGUGUGGUUCUCAGUGCAUCUCCCUCAGCACUCUCCACCCCCGAGGCUCUGACUUUAGGAGGGAGAGAGAGAGAGACAGGGAGAGACACUACACUGAUCGCUGGGCUUUCGUGGAGAGAAAAGGAGAAAACUCGCUCCCUGCUUUGGCCCAGGUCUCGGCGCACUGCCUGGGGUCUGACCGAGACUCAGGCAGGCACCUGCAGCCCCUUUUCAGAGGGCGAGGACCAGAGCCCGUUUGUGUGUGUCAAACAACAGGUGGCUUGAGGGUGGUCGCCCUGAUCUCCCAGGUAAACUCGCCCGGGCCGUCUGGGCAGUCUACACUCCUGCCACUGACUGCCCCCGCUGGUGGAGUUUUGGGUAAAGGCUUUGAGGUGCCUGGAAACUGCGCAGGAGAGGCGUGCACGGGGAGCUCGGUGGGGCAGACCUCAUUGAGCAGUUCAGAAUUGUCGGUGAUGAUGACGGAGGGAAACUGUUUACUCCUGAAGAAUAUGAAGAAUACAAAAGUAAAGUUUUACCCAUGCGCUUACAGAACAGGUUAUUCGUAAGCUGGAGGUCACCAAGCGGCAUGGAUUGUAAACUUGUUGGCCCGGAAACACUGUGUUUUUGUACACACAGAUAUAAACAACAUAAAACUGACUUUGAAACACUUCCCCAGCAGCGCCCCAUUGAACUGCCCUGCCAGGUGACCGGCUGCCGGUGCGGGGCCUACCACUACGUCCCUUUAAACGGUACCCAGCCCGUUCGCUGCAGGUGCAAACACUUUGCCGAUCAGCACAGUGCCGCUCCUGGCUUUACCUGCAAUGCAUGUUCCAAGUGUUCAGGCUUUCACAGCUGCUUUACUUGUGCUUGUGGCCAGCCCGCAUAUGCCCAUGACACGGUGGUGGAGACUAAACAAGAGAGGCUGGCUCAGGGCAAGCCCGUGGGACGAGACGUUCCUUACGCAGCCAUGGGAGGACUGACUGGCUUCAGCUCACUGGCCGAAGGCUACAUGCGGCUGGAUGACAGUGGGACUGGUGCACCCUCAGUUGAAUUUUUAGAUGCUCCAGUUACGGCUGCAGACCACCCAUUUCUAAAAUCAUUUCAAGCGCCGUCCAGUUCUUCUCCAGAAACGCCGAUCAGUGCAGGUACAAGUAGUCAAGUUUCUGCUUUACGGAGACCCGAAGAAGAUGAUAUGGCUAUCUUUGAAAGACGAUAUCAGGAAAGGAUGAAAAUGGAAAAGGCUGCUAAGCAGAAAGGAAAAGCUCCACUGCCAUCUACUGUGAAACCUUCAUGAUUCGUGAGGACCACGGGGGAGGCUCCAGCUGACGUCUGAACGGGUUUUUCACAUCUCUUUGAAUAUAAACAUAUAGCUAAUUUUCUCUUGAAUUUAUUACUUGUUUUUUCUACUGUAUAAAUAUCACUUCGUGUAUGUUUAAUUUAUUUAAAUACGUGAAAACAUUUUUGUCAAAAUGUUAUCAUUUUUUACUUUGUAUAUACUUUUUUUCUAACAAAUGAGAUUGUUUUCCUAUGAGUCAGAUCCUGAAAGUAGAACAAAUAUGUUCAGUCUGUCAUCAUCUAACGGUUUCAGGUUACUUUAAAAAAUUAAAGAUAUUUUUAAAGGUUUUGAAAAUAUGUCAGGAACACUUUGCUAUCCAAAGUAGUAACUGGAAUCAUUAAUUUUUUUAUUGCUCCAACAUUGUAGUGUUGCUUUUUAAUGUAUGCUUUUAAAUAAAAAUCUGUAAU